AUGGAAAUCUUGCAAGGACGUCGGUUGUCUCUUGAACAAACUCUUGCUGAGUACCAAGAAUUGUGGGAUAGUACGUCUGAUGACAGUUUCGAUAACGAAGACGAAACACCUCGAAAGACUGAGUUGGGUCAUAAUCUAGUGGAGAUAGCCUCCAUCAUUUCUGAUCUUUUCAAGCUAUCUUUCAAACUGAGAAACCCUGCUACCAGAUCGACUGGGCUUCCGAUUUUGAGGGCUCUAUCUCAUAGACAAAUGGUAAAGGUAGAGGAGUCUGAUGAGAGUACUGAAGUAGAUUUGUUCAGCCUGAACGCCGAGUUCGAUCAAGCACACGUGGAAGAGAUUUUUACAUAUUGGAGGCUCGAAUUGAGGCGCCAGGCAUCUUCACAAAGCCAUUCAUUCAUCACUCCUCAAAACUAUGAGACCAGUCUUGCUGGCACAGGGACAACCCACGUCUUGGCGAUAAAUCAAAAUCUCAUAAAUCGGUGGAUUAAAUCUAUCACCAACCGUCGUCGCAUAUUCAACCGACAUGUGGAUGCUGCCAGUCAUCAAGAAGAAACAGUCUCCUGUCCCUUUUGCCUGUCGGCUAGGCCAUUCUCCAGAGGUCUUUUUAAUCAUCUGGCCUACCACCAAGAGAGGCUGGCGUGCUUUGCUGUGACGGGACAGUCACUUAAUAAGGAGAAUGGUCUUUCCAGCGAUACAGACUCCGAUAAAGCCCAGGGGGACGAUGACCCAGAUCCUUUACAAUUGCUCGAGUCUGAUAUUUCUUCAUGGGGUUCCAGUACAAGCAAAGACUCAGAAUCUCUGCGAAGUACUAAAAAUGAUGUCACUUUAUCUCUUGGGAAGGUAACACGUCAAGCAUUGGUACAAUCAAUCGGACCAGAUGAGGAUUCUGGUCCAGAAGCAGCCACAAGCUUUCAUCCGCCGAAAUACCUCCCGAUUGACUAG